AUGAUGUAUCGUCUUGCGUGCUGGAGGUGUAAACCCGACUAUUCAGGACUCCCUACUGUCGGUGGUAGUUCAAUUCAUCGUCUAGACGCGGGUCGAUCCACUCCAGAGUCUCUCAGCACCGUCGAAGUUGCUUCCUGUCUCUCGCUUUGGGGAUUCUUUUCUUUUUUUUCAUUUAAUCUCUUCCUUUCUUUCCCCCCGCUCAAAGAGUCCGCCCCCCCUUUUUUUGGACCCACGCCAGUUUCCCUAGGGAAUUUUAUUCACGUCCUCAUCCUAUCGUCCUACGCACACUCUCCGCCAUUUCAGAUUGAAGCCAUGUCUUCGCCAGUUGCGAACGGUUCCCCCGUCGCGUCCCGCGACACUCCCUCUCCAGUCGGCAAGGAAGCUGCUCUUGUUGAGCGCACCAACCCCAUGGGCUCCGGUAACGCCCAGACAGUCAGCUCCCGCGAUCCCAAGGCUGUCGCCCAAGCCGCCAACGAUAUGAAGAACGUCGUUCGCCGCAAGUUGACCGGCUACGUCGGUUUCGCCAAUUUGCCCAACCAGUGGCACCGCAAGAGUGUUCGCAAGGGGUUCAAUUUUAACGUCAUGGUCGUCGGUGAAUCGGGCCUCGGAAAGUCUACUCUCGUCAACACCCUGUUCAACACCUCUCUCUAUCCUCCCAAGGAGCGCCCUGGCCCCAAUGCCGAUAUCAUCCCCAAGACCGUCUCGAUCCAGUCGACCAGCGCUGAUAUCGAGGAGAAUGGUGUCCGUCUGCGUCUGAGCGUUAUUGACACCCCCGGUUUCGGUGAUUUUGUGAACAACGACGAUUCGUGGCGCCCCAUCGUUGAGAACAUCGAGCAGCGUUUCGAUACCUACCUGGAGGCCGAAAAUAAGGUUAACCGCAGCAACAUCGUCGACAACCGAAUCCACGCCUGCGUUUACUUUAUUCAGCCUACCGGUCACUCCCUCAAGCCCCUGGAUAUUGAGGUGAUGCGCCGCCUGCACACCAAGGUCAACCUGAUUCCAGUCAUUGCCAAGGCGGAUACCUUGACCGACGAUGAGGUCGCCCUGUUCAAGCAGAGAAUUCUUGCCGAUAUCCAGCACCACUCUAUUCAGAUCUUUGAGGGUCCCCGCUACGAACUCGACGACGAAGAGACCAUUGCCGAGAACCAGGAGAUCAUGUCCAAGGUGCCAUUCGCUGUCGUGGGUGCCAACUCCGAAGUGACUGCCUCGGAUGGACGCCGUGUCCGUGGCCGUAGCUACCCCUGGGGUGUCAUUGAGGUUGAUAAUGAGGAGCACUGUGACUUUGUCAAGCUGCGCCAGAUGUUGAUCCGUACCCACAUGGAGGAGCUCAAGGAGCACACCAACAACUUCCUCUACGAGAACUACCGCUCGGACAAGCUUACCCAGAUGGGUGUCGCCCAGGACCCCAGCGUGUUCAAGGAGGUCAACCCCGCGGUCAAACAGGAGGAGGAGCGUACCUUGCACGAGCAGAAGCUUGCGAAGAUGGAGACCGAAAUGAAGAUGGUCUUCCAACAGAAGGUCUCCGAGAAGGAAAGCAAGCUGAAACAGAGCGAAGACGAGCUUUACGCCCGCCACCGCGAGAUGAAGGAGCAAUUAGACCGACAACGCCAGGAAUUAGAGGAGAAGAAGGCACGCCUCGAAAGUGGCCGUCCCAUCGAAAAAGAGGGCAGGCGGAAGGGUUUCUCCCUUCGUUAA